AAACGCCUAGGAACUUUUAUGAGAGGUUAGAACCCUUAGAGCAUACUCUAAGUUAGAACUUUUUAAUAGAACGAAAUUUUUCUGAAAUAAUUGCUCUUUGCUUGCCGAUUGUUGUUCUGUUAAUCCGAAUUAAUUACUUCGGAUUACAAUAACGGGCUUGAAAAUUUUUUGAAAAGUAGAAGUAAGCAAUUAAAAGUAAUUACAGAACAACAAUCACACACACAGUAAUUAAAGAGCGGUGAUCUGACAUUUUGUACAGCAUGUUUUAUGCAUUUCAAAAACUUCGUCUUAUUGUAAGUCUCCAGCCUUUCAUGAAAGUCCCUAGUCGCGUUAAAGAAAUUUUGCAAUUACAGAUCAAUAAUGGGCAAUUAAAGAGCUAUUUUUUAACUAUGUUUCAUUAUUACGGUGAGCCAGCUUUACACGGUUCUGAAACCGCACUGGACUUAGCAACACUGGUGAGACGCCCUAUAUAUGCAGACAUACAGUAAUACCAUAGGGUUUGCACGAUUUUUCUACCUCCCCUAGAUUCGCAAACAUCCCCUCCAUUGCAUCCCCUCCUUAGCAUUGAAUCGUCAGCCAAUUAGAGCAAAGCAAUUUCUACCCCUAUUCUUGCUAAUGGAGCGCACGGUGGCUGGAAAGUCUUGAAAACUUGAAGUAUGUAUUACUUACUGUGCAUGGAGUAUGUACAUACAAGAGAAUAGCCAUGUCCGCGUAACGCUAUCAUCUACGCCACGGAACAUUGUCACAUAGAUAGGAAUGUCGUCUUUCGAAGCGUCUUCUAAGAGACAGAAGUGGGAUGAACUAGAAUAUAUUGUGUUCAGAGGUGUAUGUAUCUAGUUUGCCUAGUGAUUUGCAUAUUACGAGAUUUCUACCUUUGACGUAUGAAAAGAUGGUGACCUACUGAUAAAGAAGUUUUGCGAAAACGAAUAUCGUAGUGGUCGAAGAAUUUUUUCAAGUAAAAAUAUUGAUAGUGUAAAGAACAGGCAAUGUAUCGGAGUUGGACACACUUGAAACAAUCUAUUUCAGUUAUACGCGUAAACAAAUUAUGAAUUCACAUAAAUUAUUUUACUAAAUUUUCACAAUGUCCCAUUGUGAAGAAGAAGUGGCAUCAUCUGGUUUCCACCAAUUAAGUAUUACAAUUGAGAGUGCUAUAUUAAAAAGUUCAACAUUCUUGAAACCAAAUCCAUAUAUAGAAUUUUCCGUUGAUGAUAAGAGUCCUAGGAAAACAGAAGUUUCAAAAUCCACAUAUCAACCGAAAUGGAACGAAGAAUUUACGAUACUUGUAACACCAUAUUCUCAAUUACAUUUUCGUCUCUUAGAUCAUAGCACAUUUCGUAAAGAUACAUUAAUAGGAGAGAAAAAAAUAAAUCUUUCUGAAGUACUAUCUCACUACAAUGGGAAAUUGGAAAAUAUGGAAGUAACCUUUGCUUUAAUGAGUGAAAAUAAACAUGAUUCUCAAUUGUGCAAAGUUGGAGAACUAAUUACAUUUUUUGACGGGUUAAGAAUUAAUAUGCCAAAUAUAUCGUCAUUAAGUAUUAAUGAAUCACCAUGUCAAACACAAUGCACACCUCCUGAUGGUGUUAUAAAUAAUGAUACUGCUAGUAACCGCAGCAUUCUUAAUGGAGGUGUCCGUGCUCGCAUGAGAUUACAAGGAGCUGAAAAUGUACCAUCCUCUGCUUUUCGUGGAUUAACAAAUACUUAUCACAAUAUUAAUUAUAAUACCGGAAAUGAUCAAACCAGUGUUGAUAAAAAUAGUGAACAGGUUGAAUCUGUAGCAUCUAAUUCUUUAUCAAAUGGACAUGUAAUAUCACCCAUGGACAAAUCUGUUGUUUCUCUAUCUGGAUGUCAUACAAUGUCUUUGUUAGAAGGACGUCAACUAUCUCGAACAGAUCAUGCAGCUACACCUGGAACAGCAGAUGGCAGGAGUGGUAUGUGUACUAAAACAAUUGUAGCAAAAGACUUUCUAAGAAAUUUUGUCUCUGGAGCUUAUGAUAUUUUUCAAGGAGAACAAUCAACACUAUCUGGAGCAGUUGGAAUAUGCAGAUCAGAUCAAUUAGGAUCAACUAAUGCAGACAUACGGUCACAUAAUAGAACAGAUCAACCUGCAUCUAGUGGACGUAACUCUAGAACAGAACAGUUAUUGACUACUCCUUUAUCAGAUAGUUUUGGAAAUAUAAGAUCUGAUCAACUUCCUACUCCCACAGUAGAUGGAUUUGUAGUUUCUAGAGCAGAUCAACCUGCAACAUCUACUGCAACAGAUAAUCAAGGAAUUUCUCAAACGGAUCAAUCUGGAGUAUUUACAUUACCAGAAGGAUCUUCUACAUCUCAUUCAGAACAGUCUUCAGGAUUGCAUGUGGCAGAUAGUCGUAGAAUGACACGUACAGACCAGUCUGCAUUAGUACCAGUUGCAGAAAGACGCAGAGUUGUACGACCCAAACAGUCAACAACAUCCGCGUCAACUACUCCUUCGAAUCCUUUAGUGGUGCAGCGUGUAGCUUCGUUAACAGGACAAACUGCUGUGUCACGUGGUCAGAUAGCUGAACCAACAGUUCAGCCUGAAGAAACUUCACCCCCUGGUUGGGAAAUGAGAUAUGACAUAUAUGGAAGAAGAUAUUAUGUUGACCAUAAUACACGAAGCACUUCAUGGGAAAGACCACAGCCUUUGCCAUUAGGAUGGGAAGUGCGUAGAGAUCCAAGAGGCAGAAUAUAUUAUGUGGAUCAUAAUACUAGAAGUACAACAUGGCAGAGACCGAAUACUGAAAGAUUACAGCAUUUCCAACAUUGGCAAGGUGAGAGGCAACAUGUGGUUCAACAAGGUAAUCAGCGGUUUCUUUAUCCUCAAGCACAUGGAAAUCAAGCAGCUGUGGCAGGUCCUUCAAUGUUUACGGUUGAUGAUGAUGAUGCUCUGGGACCAUUACCUGCAGGAUGGGAAAGACGUAAACAACCAGAAGGAAGAGUUUAUUAUGUGAACCAUAAAAAUCGUACUACACAGUGGGAAGAUCCUAGAACUCAAGGCCAAGAAACAGGAAUUGAUGAACCACCAUUACCAGAUGGUUGGGAAAUACGUUUAACCGAAGAUGGAGUUCGAUAUUUUGUAGAUCAUAAUACAAGAACAACUACAUUCCAAGAUCCAAGACCUGGUGCACCAAAAGGUGGUAAAGGUAUUUACCGUGUGCCAAGAGCAUACGAAAGAUCGUUUAGAUGGAAGUUAUCACAAUUCCGUUUCUUGUGUCAAACGAAUGCUGUGGCAAAUCACAUUAAAAUUAACGUUAAUCGACAAACGUUGUUUGAAGAUUCUUAUCAUCAAAUAAUGAAUGCGGAAGCUUUUGUAUUGAGACGCAGAUUAUAUAUAAUAUUUAAAGGAGAGGAAGGACUGGACUAUGGAGGUGUAUCCAGAGAAUGGUUUUUCUUAUUAAGCCAUGAAGUGUUAAAUCCAAUGUACUGUCUAUUCGAAUAUGCCAAUAAAAGUAAUUACAGCUUGCAAAUUAAUCCAGCAUCUUAUGUCAAUCCUGAUCAUUUGCAGUACUUUAAAUUUAUUGGAAGGUUCAUAGCAAUGGCACUUUAUCAUGGACGAUUUAUUUAUAGUGGUUUCACUAUGCCAUUUUAUAAACGUAUGUUAAACAAAAAAUUAGUAAUGAAAGAUAUAGAAUCUAUUGACCCAGAAUUCUAUAAAUCUCUUGUGUGGAUAAAAGAAAAUAACAUUGACGAAUGUGGUCUAGAAUUGUAUUAUAGUGUUGACUUCGAAAUUCUCGGCCAAGUCAUACAUCAUGAAUUGAAAGAAGGAGGUGAUAAAAUUAGGGUUGUUGAAGAAAAUAAGGAAGAAUAUAUCAGGUUAAUGACUGAGUGGAGAAUGACAAGGGGUAUAGAGGACCAAACUAAAGCUUUCUUGGAAGGAUUUAACUCAGUUGUACCAUUGGAAUGGUUGAAGUAUUUUGAUGAACGAGAAUUGGAACUUAUGCUCUGCGGAAUGCAAGAAAUAGAUGUAGAAGAUUGGCAACGUAACACAAUUUACAGACAUUACACACGUAAUAGUAAACAAAUUUUAUGGUUUUGGCAGUUUGUAACAAGAACGGACAGUGAAAAGCGAGCUCGACUUUUGCAAUUUGUAACAGGUACUUGCCGAGUACCUGUUGGUGGUUUUGCAGAAUUAAUGGGGAGCAACGGACCUCAAAGAUUUUGCAUAGAAAAAGUAGGAAAAGAAACAUGGUUACCGAGAUCGCAUACGUGCUUCAAUAGAUUAGAUCUACCACCAUACAAGAGCUACGAACAGCUAGUAGAAAAGUUAAAUUAUGCGAUUGAAGAAACAGAAGGUUUUGGUCAAGAAUAAUUGCAGACAUGCUUUAUUAAAUGUAAUACUGAAUUAUCUACAGAACCAUCAAAACAAAUCUAGUAUAAUGAUGCAAGAUUAUAAUGUUUUUUGGUUCACUUUAUUUUCAGUAAUAAUACAUACUUUUUAGGUAAUAUGAACAUAGAGUCUAUAAAUAUGAUAAGUGAAAUAUGUUGGGAACAUUAUUAAUUUUAUAUAAAAUUCUUUCGAUAAUUUUAA